UUCAUUCUUCCUCCUCCUCCUCUUCUUCAUCUCCUUCUUGAUCACCGUCGACCUUCCCCUAUUAAAUCAUACACAGCGAUGUUUACGAAAAAACAAACGUUUAAUAAGCAAACAAAUAGCAGUUAUGUUAUCUACACAAUCCAACAAUGGGAUACUAAUGAACAAUAAUAUGUUGAUCACACAAUUAAAUUCUCUUUAUUGUAGCGAAAUUAAUUGUGUCAUGAGCUACUAUACGUUAGACGAGCAUAUUGGCAGCUAUGAAUUCUUUAACGGCAAUUAUCGCCUCUGUUACGCAAACAGAAGUCCUGUAUCGAGGAAGUAGGCUAAUAAUGCCUUUAUUAAAACAUGAAGGGUGUCCCUUGCGAAUAGAAUCAUAUAACAAUCAUCACGUCUGAACAAAGUGAUGCCAUUACUUUAUUGUUCAGAUCAGGACACAGAAGUGGCCUCAUAUAGGACGAUGGCUAUUUGUAACAGUUAUUUUUCGGGACUUUUUUCGUCGAAAGUUACUACUGUUCAUGUGACUCUGACACUCAUGAUGUGUUUCAGCCAAGUAUUGUCUGAUUGUCCUGAAGGAUGGGGUGAAUUUUCGUCCAGUUGCUACUACUUACAUGCCGGUAGCAUGAGCUGGGACACAGCGUCUACCACAUGUCAAAAUCAAGGAGCUUUGAUAGUUGAGAUAACAUCAACUGAGGAGAACACGUACGUCAAUAGCAUCUCGAAUGGACAGUAUAUAUGGCUUAAUUGCAGAGAUGAUGUCACAGAGGGGGAAUUCCUAUGUGGAGAAGAUGACCAUCCAGUCACUUACACAGCUUGGGGCCCUUCAAAGCCAUCCGGUAUACCUUCUUUUGACUGCAUGUAUUUCCUCGCUGGGUCUUGGGGCGAUACCAAUUGCGCAAUCCCGAUAUCGGUCGUCUGCGAGAAGGACAAUGAUCUACCUGUACCAACAACGGAACAUUCAAUGUCCACAGUCCCAGUCACAACAGAGUGCCCGAUCACUACCGAAGACCCGAUCACUGCAAAUGGCGCGAUCUCCACCGAGAAGGCUGGGAUCGACGAAGAGCAAAUAAUUGCGAGUGCCUACAUGCAAAAAGAUUCAACCCGUCCAGGGUAUUGUCUUGUUGGUCACGUGAUUAGAGACAUCCAAUCAUCAUCUUUGAUCCGUUGCUUAGACAGCUGCAUCAGGUCACCAAAUUGUUCUUCAAUGAAUGUUAACUCGCAUGAAGGAACGUGUCAACUUAACAACUCAACUAAAACAGUGUCCAGCUCAGACUUCAAAAGAGUAGAUAAUUGCGAAUAUUUUGAGUAUUUCUUGUCAUGAAUUACUUUAUCGACAAAAGCAUAAAACAUGAGUUUGAGUUGGUUAUUUUUCUUCUGGUAUCUAUUUAAACAAAGUGUUAAAAUCAGGCAAACUGUUUUGUAGUAAGCAAUUUAAAGAAAAAUAUCUCAUGUAUAUAUAUGUAACAUAGAUAAUAAUACAUCGCGUUUAUCAUACUGUGGAAAAAAAGACAUUUUUGGGGGGUUUUCUUUCCACAAUAAAUGUUAUCAUUUUAUACAAUAACAUUAAACAUUAUAUUUUUAGUUAUUCAAUUAGAAGCAGGUAUUUUGGUAGCUAUUAUGGAGGGGGGACUUUGUCGCCACCCACCC